AUGCUGUUUUCUAAAUAUUUUGUUUAAGUUACAAAAAUAUUACAAAUUAUGCUAAUAAUCUAUACAAUAACGUCAAUAACCGUGGUUAUAAAUAGUAUUUAGUUUUUUUCAAGUAAUUUUGAUAUAUUUAAAAUCGGUAUUUUCUCCCACCACCAUUACAAGUAAAAAUAAAACCAACUCUAGGGCUGAAAACCAAACUCGGCAUGUUCGGUGAAAAAGUAAUAGAAUUAUUAAAAGAAUCUGAAAGAAACCGGGAAACACUGAGUGCAUUUAAUGAUGAAAAGAUUCGACAAAUAAUUGAAGAAAUGCACAUUUUGUUUAAAUUAAACAUGAAUGAUGCAAAUGCAACAUCAGAGAAUAAGUCAUUGUGGACAACUGUUCAGGUUCGUCAUUCAGCACUAGAGCGCAAUAAAAGGUGCCUAUUAGCUUACCUGUAUGAUCGCAUUAAUAAAAUCAAAACUCUGAGAUGGGAAUUUGGCUCAGUCCUACCUCCAGAUAUAAGAGAAUUAUUAUCUGACAGUGAAUAUGAUUGGUUUUCUAAAUAUUCCACUAAUUUAGCAACAUUUAUGAGGUCUUUGGGCCAAGAUAUUGGUUAUAGUGGUAUUGAUCUAACAGAGAAUUUGAGACCUCCUAAAUCAUUGUAUAUUGAAGUGCUUUGUAUAACACAUUAUGGAAAAUUAGAAUUAGAAGAUGGUGAUGUUGUUAUGUUGAAGAAAAAUAGUAGACACUUCCUGCCUACAUCUGAGUGUCAAACACUUAUAAGACAGGGUAUUUUAAAACAAAUUACAUAGUUAUAGGCAUUAGUGGUUUUGCUAAUAAAAGUCGUAGGUAUAAUUA